AAGAUGGCGGCGGGUCCCGCCCCACCGCGCCCCCAGCCCAUCGCCGCGGCCUCCCGCGCUCCGUACCCGCCGCGCGGCUGUACCCGCCUGCGCCAGCCUCCGCCUUCCCUUAUCUCCGUCCUUCUCUCCCGGUGCGGUGCGGGAGCCAGCGGCGUGCCCCCGGUGCAGCCUUCCGCCCUCCCUGACACCCCGCCGCCAUGCUGGCCGCCACCGCCGCUCUCCUCCGCCGCUGCGCUGUCUCCGGCCUUCGCACCGCCGUCCACCGGCCCGCCGGCCCUACAGCUGUGCUGCAUGCCCGCUGCUACUCUCACGGGUCACAAGAGUCAGAUGAAGAAUUCGAUGCUCGCUGGGUGACAUAUUUCAACAAGCCAGAUAUUGAUGCCUGGGAGCUCAGGAAAGGCAUAAACACACUGGUGGGUUACGACCUGGUCCCAGAACCAAAAAUCAUUGACGCGGCUCUGAGGGCCUGCAGACGGUUAAAUGACUUUGCCAGCACUGUCCGCAUCCUGGAGGUUGUAAAGGACAAGGCAGGACCUCACAAGGAAAUCUAUCCUUACGUUAUCCAGGAGCUUAGACCAACUCUGAGUGAACUGGGAAUCUCCACUCCAGAGGAACUGGGCCUGGACAAAGCAUAAACUUUAUUGGUGCAUUACUCAAGUGUUUUACUGAUGCUACCUGAUUGUACACAGUCACCUGGAGACACAAACCUUAAAUCUUAUCUGAAAUAACUUCUUCCUUUAUUGAGUCGCAGUGUAAGUGCUGUGGAGUUGGACCUAAUAAAGGAGAAACUGGUUUGACUGA